AAACCUGGGGCCGGAUACUCAAAACAACCCGUAAGUUACAAGGUCGAGGACGUUGUAACCGCCUUACAACAUUGUAACUUACGAACUCCUUACAACAUUGUAAGUGACCCAUACUCAAAAAAAAAUUACAAUGUUGUAAGCACAUUGUAAGGCUAAUGUCAACAUCGUAAGUUAAUUCCCUAGGCUGCCAAGAGAGGGCACAUCGGUAGGUGAUUGACCAAUCAGCAGUCAGCCUCGUAGACGUAACAGCCAAUGAGAAGCCACAAAUCUCAGCUGUUUUAUCACCGUGCUACACCAAAGGUAAACAACGCCAUGGAAGGUCCAACUCAAAAGAAAAGAAGACCAAAUUUCUCAGACGAAGAGAUGUUGGCUUUAAUAGAAGGUGUGGCAACGAAGAAGAAUGUGGUUCUAGGUAAAUUAGAUAACAGAAUAACUGCACAAGUGAAAAGUAACGCUUGGGAUAGUGUGACUAAGGAGGUGAAUCUUGUCGCUCGCGUACCGAGGAAUGUGAAUGAAGUGCGUAGGAAGUUCACAGACCUAAGAGCAGCCGUGAAGAAAAAGGCAGCACAAGAGAAAAAACACAUGGGAGGAACAGGUGGUGGCCCAGCAGUUCUCACAAACUACACUCCUGUUGAAGAAGCUAUGCUGACACUGAUUGAGCCUGUUGCUAUUACUGGCUUACUAGGGGUUUAUGAAAAUGAGACAGAAGUUGAUGAAGUUACAGAACCAACUCCUGGGCCGUCUGAGAUAGCAGCUCAGAUCAUAACAGACUCAGCAGUUAUUGUAACAUUGGAUGAGGGCACUUCACAGGAGCAAGAAAUGACAAUACCCAUUGUGUCAAUGGACCACACUUACUCCUCAGAAUUACCUCCUUUUUUAUUAGAAGACAGUAAUGCUCAGGAUGGAUUUAGUGCAACAGUCCAACAAGAACAGCCCUUUCAAGAACAGAGUAGGUCAAGGUUUCAACUUGAGUCAGAAAGAGAUAGUAGGCAUGAGGUAGUGCAUGGUCGUAAAAGCAGAUCAGAAGAACGGAGAAUUUUGCCUGACAUGCUUCAGGUACAAACAAAUAUAGAAAGUCACUUGAAGCAGCUUGUAAGCUCAGUAAAAGACAUUGCAUCAGCAUUACAAACAAUUGCUGGUGUUAUGAAAGAUAAGGCAUAAGUUCCUAUUUUUAUCAAAUGUUAUAAUAUUUUAGUUUUUUUCCUAUACAAUACUAGUCUUAAUCUACUCAGUUAUAGUACACAGUUGGCAUUAAUUUGUGAUAGGCAUUUGUAUAUAUAACAAAGUCAUAAUAUUAAGUUGUUGCUUGAGAGAUUGUUAUUAUACAAAACAAGUCUUUAUUCUAGUUACUUUUUGUAUUGUAGAUUAAUGCAAAAAUCCAUUAAAUAUUUAUUUUUUGUUCACAUUAAUGUUUGCUUUGACAUUGUAAGAAGUGUCUUUUUGUUUCAUUUUGCAGGUUAAGACCAUUUGUUCCAGUUAGGAAGAAUCAUAUUUUUUAUAGGGGGAAUUUUUUUUUUUUUUUUUUUUUCCAUUUUAUUAUAUAUAUUUUUUUUAGGAUAUUUUUCUUUUGAAAAUUCUGACAGGUGCAGUGGUUUCUUUCUGCAUAAUUCAUAUAAUUUCCCUUUAGGUUAAAGAAGUAACAAAUGUUCGUUGUUUAGACAUGGCAAUGAUAAUGUUAACUAUAAUUCUGGUGCUGUCAAUUAAGAUUAAGAUUAUUUGUUGAUACAGAGACAGAGCUAUACUUAAGUUCAAUUUUUUUUCUCGUUUUGAUGUUGUAGGGUAAGGCAGAAAGCAAAUAUAUAUUUAUUUCUAUUCUAAUAUUUAUGAUCAACCUAGUAAUUAAUGUUUGAGGAACAGCUUUACUCUUAUUUUCUAAAUGUUAUAUUUCUUUAUUUGCAUAUUUGUAUUGCUGUGAUAUAAAUUACUUGUUUCCAAAGAUUUUUGUUUAUUUCACUUCUAAGGCAAAUAAAAUGUGUCUUGUGGUCAUAAUGGACCAUGAGAAAAGUAUGUACUUACAUUUUACACCUUUUGAGUAUUAUUAGUUGUAUGUAUGUGUAGAUAUUUUUAUAUUAUUCUUGUGAUGUAUCUUUACGGUAUUUUUCUUACCAGUCUUAUAAUUUUAUAAUCACAGAAGGUCAGAAAUAAAUUUUUACUUUUUAA